UAUUGAUACUUAACGGUCGUGGAAAAGAUGCGAUUUUCAAAUUCCGACCUCCGACAGUUUCGAUAUGAUGGCGUGAAGUAAUGUCGAUGUAAGAUCACAAUUUUGACAAUUUUUUACGAAGCUUUUGUAGGAGAAAAGAGAAAGAGGUAAUUUCAUCAAGUUGUUGAUACGUGUGGCGUAAAAGUUUACAAGAGAAACUAUAAUGAACGUCAGAAUGAAUUCAUCAUCACUUCUACCUGAUUAUGAUGAUAUGGUGAGAUGUACGAAUGUUCUAAUAAAUGGAUCUCCUGAAGAAGAAUGCAUAAAAUUAGCUCUUUCCCUAGAGGAAAUGAGACAAGAAUUGUUAAAGUCAGUACUUGAAUGCCAACGUUUUAAUUCAGCUUUGAAUAAAGCUCAACAUGAUAAUAUCAUUCUUGAAAAAAAAUUGUCUCAUGCCAGAAAAAACUUGGAAGAAGAAAAAUGUAGACGUCGUGCUGCCGAAGCUGAGAGAGAUUCAUUGGAGAGACAAAUUGCUACGAUCAGCAAAGUCUUGUUUAAUGAUGGUGGUAGAAAUCUAAAUAAUGAGACUAGAGAGAAAUUACAGUUUCUUAAUAGUACUACUUUGAAUCGUCAAAGUAACAUACAUAUGCAAGAUAUGCACAUUGAUAAACUUAACACAAUAGAAGAACUGGAUUCUACUGGUUCAAUACUGAGUGAUCUCAACUGCUUGUCAAAAACAGAAGAUGACUUAGACAUCAGUACUGUUUUACAAAAUCAGAAAAAGCAAGAAUUGAAAGAGCGACGAUCUAGUGGUGAAUAUCCCACAAAGAAACGUCGCAGUACAAUACAUAAAGUCACAGAAUUAAAUUCAUCUGAUAAGAUAGUAGCAACUACUACUGUAGUUAUGCCAAAAGAUGGUGCAAUUACUGCAUCAUCUACAAUUGAAGCUAUACCAGGUGAUGAAAAUGUAGAUCCCCAGACUCCUUUGCGUAACUCGCGUAAACGACGUAAGAGUAAUACUGAACGUGACAAAUCCAAAUUAUCACACAUAGAUACAAACGAAAUACCGAUGGAUACAGCGCCAUCAGCACCAAAAGCUGAUAUUCUGACAACCAGUUCAGACACAGAAGAUGUUUUUAAGCCAAGCCCACAUAUUGGUGGAUAUACUUUAAACACAAAAAUGCCUAAAACUCAUAGUUUUGAAGCCAAAACUGUUAAGAAAACUGUUAAGAAAGGAACUUGUACACCAUGUGGCAAAAGUAUCUGGUUUGGGAAAAUUGUACAGAAAUGCAAAGAUUGCGGAAUUAUUGCUCACACUGAGUGUAAGAGUUUCGCAUCACUGCCGUGUGUCCCAACGGGAAAUACACCUACAUUGCGCGGUACAUCUGUUACUAUAGCUGAUUAUACACCUAUGACACCACCAAUGGUGCCUUCUAUAGUAGUUCACUGUGUUAAUGAGAUUGAAUUACGUGGAAUGACGGAACAAGGUUUAUACAGAGUAAGUGGCGCAGCUGCUGAUGUUAAAUGUUUAAAGGAAAAAUUCCUGAAAGGGAAAGGUGCUCCGAAUCUUUCCAACGUUGAUAUUCCGACUAUAUGUUCUACUUUAAAAAAUUUUCUCAGAUCAUUACAUGAACCACUGAUUACUGUCAGUUUGAGGAAAGAUUUUGAGCGUGCAACGACGAAAAAGGAUAAACAAGAUAUUGAUGCUGCGCUUUAUCAAGCAAUUUCAGAACUACCGCAACCGAAUCGAGAUACCUUGGCCUUCUUGAUGUUACAUCUACAAAGAGUAUCAAGUAGUCCUGAAUGUGAGAUGCCCAUCAGUAGUCUCGCUAAAAUCUUUGGACCGACUUUAAUCGGUUACAAAUCCCAAAAACCAACUGAUAUGUUCAGUGAGACCAAGGAACAAGUUGCAAUAGUAGAAAGUUUACUUCAAAUCCCAUCUGAUUACUGGGAUAAUUAUGUGAAUCCUGCAAACAUAAAUGAUAUAUGCACUCCUAAGACAGGAGAAUUAAGGCAUACGCCGUCCACGGAAUCGCUUCUUAAGCGUACUACCUCCCGUGGUUUCUUUACUCCACUUACUGCAAGCCGUACUUUUGCGAGAAUAAACAAGAAGAAGUACUUUGCUACGCCACCUAGAGCAGGAUUUUAAUGAAUAAACGUAUGCUUGUUAUAUUAAUCAAACAGAAAAAUAUCUGAUCUAAUGUUUAACAUGUUUGUGUGUACCAUCUUCUUUUUCUAUUUUUUUUUUGUAAAUAUAUUUCUACAAAAUAA